AUGGCAAUGCCUACAUCACAAAUACCAGAUGAGGCAGUGGCAGUUGGACCAAACAGUGCACCAUUACACUACCACACCACCAUACCACUACAACACUACACUCGUCAUGUCUCCAGUGAUUUGGUCCCUAUAUUAGGGACUGUCAAGAAAUUGUUUGUAGUGGGUCAGUUUUCGUUCGUUCGGGAUUUGGCAUCCAUAAGUAGAUCCUAG